GUUGCACAUGGUAGAUCCGAAAUUGUCAAUUCCACAUGAUAAUAAUAAAGGUAUACCUUGAUACCACACUAACAGUGUUUAAUUAAAUAUAACUAAUAAUAUUGAAUAAUUUUGUGUUAUAUUUAUUUCUUCUUAUAUAAUCCCAUGAAAAGACUGAAGAAUUAAAAUACAAAAUGGGUAAACACAAAAAGUUUUUAAACAAAAAACGUAAAGGAUCUUUUAAAUCCGUAUCCAAGAAAAAGAAGAAGUCUGAUCAAAAAGAUAAAGAAAUUGUAAAUAAAAAGGCAAUUUUCAACCGAUAUAAGGACAAACAAAAAGUUGCAGAAGAAUUGAUAAAAAGAAAACAGCUGGAAGAUAAAUUUAAAAUGCAACAGGAAACGUUUUCAGAAAGUGAACCAGAAGAUGAUACUUAUGAACAGUUAGUGUCGUGCUUUAAGCGGGAUACAAAUAACUUGGUAAUAGAGAGUGAAGAUGAAGAUUCUAUGAGCGACAAUGAAUCCUUAGAGAAUGAUAGAAAAAUGAAUAACUUGGAAGAAAGUAACAUUUCAAAUGAUACGGAUAAUGAUUUAAAUGAAACUAGUGAUGAUGAUGAGGAUAGUGAUGAAAAAAUCAUGGUUGCUGAUGAAAUUGAAUUGGAAAAUGAUGAUAAAGCUGACAAUGAUCCUUUCACAAGGCAUUUUGAAUAUGAUUUGUCUGAUGAAUUAUUGGUUUCAUUAUCAAAUAACCCUCCAAAUGAAAAACAAUUCACUAAGAUAUGGCCUUCACUUGGUAAACUAGCGGUGGCCAUACCACAACCAUUAGAGUCACUAAAUAAGAAACCCACAUUAAAAGUUUCUAUCCUUGAAGAAAAAAUAUAUGCACCAAUAGGUACUAUGCCACACACAUUCAAUGAAGUUAACUUUGAACAAUUGAAUAUUAAAUCACAAAUUAGGGGCAACAUAGUAGCAUCAAAUAAGAAAAACCUUAUUAAAAAGGAUUUAGAAUUAACUGAAGUCUUUACACCAUUACAAAAAGAAUUAUUUGCUAUAAUGAAUAAUUAUCAAGAUUUGUUUUAUACUGAAAGAUCAUUUUUGAAUGCUGAUGAGAUUCGAUAUACCUAUUGCUUACAUGUGGCAAAUCAUAUGUUAAAGACAAGAACUAAAAUUCUUCACCACAAUGCAAAAUUGGCAAAGAAAUCCGAUGUAACUGAUGAAUACAGGGAUCAAGGCUUAGUGAGACCAAAGGUGUUAAUAUUAGUUCCAUUUAAGGACGCAGCUUAUAGGGUUGUUAAAACUCUGAUAGAUAUUGUGGUACCAAAAGAAUCAGGACAAGUUGUAAACAAAAAUAGAUUUGAAGAUGAUUUUACUGGAGGAGAAUUAAUAAUGCCUACAAAAAAUCCUAAACCUGAAGAUUAUGAACUGCUAUUUAGUGGCAACACAGAUGACACUUUUAGACUGGGACUUACUCUUACAAAAAAAACAUUAAAACUCUACACAGAUUUUUAUGGAUCUGACAUUUUAAUAGCAUCUCCAUUGGGCUUGCGAAUGAUUGUGGGGGCUGAAGGCGAAGAAGAAAGAGACUAUGAUUUCUUGGCGUCUAUAGAAUUGCUUAUAUUAGACCAAGCAGAUGUAUUUCUCAUGCAGAAUUGGGAUCACUUGCUGCAUAUUUUGGAUCAUUUCCAUUUACAACCCAAAAAGACACAUGGAACUGACUUUUCGAGGGUGCGCUCUUGGGCUGUCAAUGGCUGGUCUAAAUACUACAGGCAAACAUUGCUAUUUUCAUCUAUUUCGUUGCCUGAGAUAAGGUCUGUGUUGAACAAAAAAUGCCAAAAUUACGCAGGAAGAGUUAUUAUUGCAAAUCCAACCGACGUAGGCAGUAUACAGCAUGUAAUUGUUCAGGUUCCACAGUUGUUUCACAGGUUCAAUGCCACCAGUCCUUUGGCAUCUGUGGAUUUAAGAUUUGAAUAUUUCAUUAAGGAAAUUCUCCCAAAACAGAGGGAUACACUGAUGAGUCAUACAUUAAUUUAUGUGCCGAGUUAUUUCGACUUUGUGAGGUUACGUAAUUAUUUCAAGAAAGAGGACAUUAGCUUUGUACAAAUAUGUGAAUAUUCAAAGGAUGCAAAAAUCGCUAGAGCUCGGGAUAUGUUCUUCCACACUGAGGCACACUUCCUGUUAUAUUCGGAACGUGUUCAUUUCUUUAGAAGAUUACGAAUAAAAGGCAUAAGACACAUUAUAUUUUACCAGCCGCCUACAUACCCGCAUUUCUAUUCGGAAAUGUUGAAUUUAAUGCAGGAAAGCAACCAAAACAAAUUUGGCGGGAGCGACUGCAACAUGACGGCGUCGGUUCUGUACUGCAAGUAUGACAUGCAGCGCGCCGCCGCUUUGCUCGGCGCGCAACGCGUGGCGCGCAUGGCCGCAUCCGAUAAAUCUGUACAUAUGUAUGUUACUGGAGAAAAAUAAAGCAUUAUAUUUUAA